AUGGUUUUAUCUUUGUAUAUAAAUCAACAUCGAUCUGAAUUGAUUAAAAAAACUCUUCAAUUCCUUCAAUUCACUGCAUGCAUUGAAACUUCAAACCUAUAUCCACACAAAUUUGAAACAACACUUACUAUUCCAGAAUUUAUUAAAAAAUAUCAAAAUGGUGGCGUGUUGGAAAAAGGAGAUGUUUUAUUAGAGGAAGAAGUAUCGUUGGCUGGUCGUAUUAUUCGUAGAAGAGAUUUAGGAUCUAAAUUAAUUUUUUUUGAUUUACAAGGACAAAAUCAAACUAUUCAAAUCAAAGCACACUUCCAAUUUCAAAACACCCAUAAAGAUUUUGAUAGAGGAGAUGUGGUGGGUGUAAGUGGUAAUCCACAUAUGUCAAAUAAAACAAGAUAUCGACAACGAUAUCUUGAUUUAAUGUUGAACAAAUCUGUUUAUUCUAAAUUUGUUACCAGAAGCAAGAUUAUUAAUAUAAUUAGAAACUUUUUACAAGAAAAUCAAUUUAUUGAGGUAGAAACACCAAUGAUGAACUUAAUUCCAAGUGGAGCCUAUGCCAAACCAUUUAAGACAUAUCAUGAAAGCUUAAAGAGUGAUUUAUAUAUGCGCAUAAGUCCUGAAUUGUAUUUGAAACAAUUGGUGAUCGGAGGGUUUGAUCGAGUUUUUGAGAUUGGUCGACAAUUUCGUAAUGAGUCGAUUGACACUACUCAUAAUACCGAGUUUACCACUUGUGAAUUUUAUAUGGCAUAUUCAGACAUGUAUGAUUUGAUGGAAUUUACUGAAAAAAUGGUUAUGGAAAUACUGAAAAAUUUCAAUAAUGAUAGUGGUGGUAGUAAUAAUAGUAGUAAUGAUCAUCAUGUGUUGGAUUAUAUGACUAGUAAUAAUGAAAAUUUGAAAAUAGAUUUUAGUCUGCCUUUUAAACGCAUUGAUAUAAUACCAACUUUAGAAGAUAAGUUGAAGGUCAAGUUUCCGUCACCAAGUAAAUUGCACACUGAAGAAUCUAGAUUGUUUCUUGAGCAAAUAUGUAAUGAUCAUAAAAUAACAUGCAAUCCACCAAAAACUAAUUCAAGAUUAUUUAAUAAGAUGAUGUCACCAUUAGCCAAAAGUCACAGAGAAAUUGAAGGUUUGUGUGAACGGUUUGAAUUGUUGAUAGCAAGACGGGAGAUAGUUAAUGCAUAUACUGAAUUGAACGAUCCGUUUGAACAACGUGGACGAUUUGAAGAACAGUCACAGCAACGAGAUCAAGGAGAUGACGAGGCACAAUUAAUUGAUGAGAAUUAUUGUAAAAGUUUAGAAUAUGGUUUGCCACCAACGGCUGGUUGGGGUAUGGGUAUAGACAGAUUAAUUAUGAUAUUAACAAAUAGUUCAUCUAUUAAAGAGGUAAUUUUAUUCCCUGCUGUUAAAGAUCUCGAUUAG